AUGAAGAAAUCAUUAAUCCCCCAACAUCCUUCCAGAAGGAUACCUGUACCUACCAGACAUCCUGAAUUCCAGUACGAGGAUCUCCCACCACUCAACCAAAACAGGCCGUUUAUCCAAGACCUUGAAGAGAUCCAUGUUGGUCAGUACCGUUCCCCCCUAGCAAGACCAGUACUUGAGGUGGCUGACCCACCUCUCCUUAAGGACGCCGCUCGUGUUCAACAGAUCCCAAACGAGCAACUGGUCCCUCCAGUUCAACAAGUGCCGCCCCCAGUUCAACAAGACCAAGUCCAGCCAGCCCAGCCAGUCCAGCCAACGCCUCAGCAGAUCCAACAAGUUCAGCCAGUUCAACCAGUCCAAGUAGUAGUCCAGCCAAACGCGCAGCCACAUCAACCUGCAAAUCCAGCCGCGCAACAAGUACAACAACCAGUUGUAAACCCAGUUGAAGCCGCCAACCCCUUGGCCGCACUAAUUCAACAACAGCCUAAUGUCCCUGCACAACCAAUUAGGCGACUCGAAGAUGACGAUUCAGAUAAUGAAGAAGAAGGACAUGUCGCUGCAGACCUUCCUAUUUCCGAACCAUUUGAUGAAUUCUUUGAGCAACUCCCCUAUCCUGAAACCUUUUACUCAGAGGAUGGACUCUUGAAUUGCCCUAAGCUGGAGAAGCUGGCAGGUGUUAACAUUAGCGAGGGAGUUAAGAAGGAGGACAAGACAUUGCGUCUUCUCCAACUUAGAGCUGCCGAUGCACUUCGUCCUUUAUUUGGCUUUGUGCAAAGGUUUUUAGAGGCGGGUAUCCCUCUUGAGUCGCUCAGAGAGAUCCAGGCUACUAUUCGUCUAAUAGGACACCUUUCGGCCACCAUCCAUCAGAUUCGUCUGAGCAAGGUAGCAGCGAAUAUCAAUCCUUCCUUGACUGACAUGUUCCCUGUCAACAAGAAGGAAGGUGUCUCCCUCAUUAACGAGUCAGUAGUUGACAUUCUCAAAGAAAGACUCAAAGUCACCCAACAAAUGGAAAGCCUUGCAAAGAUACACCGUUCAAACAAGAAGCAAUCCAACACUGCGUGA